GCGAGCCAGCUGUAACCUUAGCUAACACACAUCCAAAGCACAUGCCAUGAGCCGGGUUUGAGACUGCAAAACCUGGAAAAAAACCCACUCACGACUGCGAGGAGAAAUCCGAUGAGAGGAACGGCUCAGAGAGAGUGAGCUGCCGUAGAUUGUCCAAAGGGGCAGCGUUUCUCCUAGUUCCGGUUUGUCUGCUUGUGUGCGCUGUGCGAGUUGGGACCCUAAACAAAAGGCUGCCAUCAUCCUAAAGGAGAUAUUCUGCUGCGAGAGAGCCCGUCUGCUUGAUGCUAACUAAACAUGAGCUCCUAUUUUGUUAACCCUCUUUUUUCUAAAUACAAAGGCAGCGAGUCACUGGAGCCAACUUACUACGACUGCAGGUUUCCACAAAGCGUUGCCCGCAGCCACACGCUAGUUUACGGACCCGGAGCAGCCGCACCGGGCUUUCAGCACCCAUCCCAUCAUGUGCAGGACUUUUUUCACCACGGGACCACGGGGAUCUCCAACCCCGGAUACCAGCAAAACCCCUGCGCUUUGGCUUGCCACGGAGACGCAACGAAAUUUUAUGGAUAUGAAGCCCUUCCAAGGCAAACGCUUUAUGGUACCCAACAAGACGCAAGCCUAGCGCAAUACCCAGACUGUAAAUCGUCGAGCAGCUCUAACCCCGGAGAAGGACAAGGCCACUUAAAUCAAAACUCCUCUCCCAGUCUUAUGUUUCCUUGGAUGAGACCCCACGCCCCAGGAAGACGGAAUGGGAGGCAAACCUACAGUCGCUACCAAACUCUUGAACUGGAGAAGGAGUUUCUGUUCAACCCUUACCUGACCCGUAAGAGAAGGAUCGAGGUGUCUCACGCCCUGAGCCUCACCGAGCGACAGGUGAAAAUUUGGUUUCAGAACAGAAGGAUGAAGUGGAAAAAAGAGAACAACAAAGACAAGUUUCCGGGUCAAAGAGGAGAGGCCGAAGCCGAGGCCGAAGAAGAGGGGAACGAGGACGGUGAAGGGGAAGAGGCAGAAGAGAAAGAAGCGGAAGAGAAAGAAGAGACCAAGGAGUGAUUUUAUGGUCCUUUUAUGGUUAUAUGGGUGAAAAAGAGGAAAAAAGGAGAGGUCCCAUAAACAGACGAAGAGUCACAAGGAGGCAGAGAGCGUCAACUUUAUGACCACCCUUCUAUUUUGUCAAGAGGGAUCAGGAAUCCCACCAAUAUUGCUGUCAUAAAUAGACAAAAUUCUCCAUUCUUUCGUUUAUCCUAACAUGAUGCGCAUUACCAUUUGGAUUUUUCUGUAGAAGCUACAAACGCUUGUAGCGUUUUUUUUCUCCAUAGAACUCUGGCCAUUGUUUUAAAAAAAUAAGGGAGGGUAAAUUAAAACGCAUGUUGGAUGGAAAAUGGCUUAGCUAUUUUUUACAAUUUGCUUUUAAUAAUAAUUGUAUCAAAAACGUAGCCAAAUAAGAUCAAAACAUGACCAACGCCGACCUGUGUUGUAAAUAGAUUAUAGCCUACAUAAAAAAAGACAUCACUUCAAAGUAGCCUUUCUGAAAUUGUAAAAAAAAUGUAGGCCUAUAACUUAGUAGUAAGUGUUAAAACAUCAUCGCAACAGUUGCAUUGGCUAGCAGCCUCUGUAUAAACCACAAGUUUUAUUAUUAUAAUUGUUACUGUUACUGUUUUACUCGUUUUCAUGUGACAGCCAUUAGCUCCUCAGACAUCUUUCUCUAGGAUUACCAGGGAAAUGCAAUCGUUUGGAAUCCUUUGAUGCUACCUAAACCUGGGGAAAUUGCAAUAGAGAUUUCUGAAUAUAGAGAUUUCAUAUGGUUUUAAUUUUAAAGUGUUCUAUAUCGACCUUAUAUUAUUAAGUUAUGUAUGUAGCAUUUACCCAACAAACAGUAUACACUUGUUGAAGACAAUUUGCGAGUCUUGGGAAGACACUUAGCUCAAAGCCAAGUAAACACUUUUGAGAUUGUACCACAGCACUACCUAAAAACUCAGAGCUUUGCCUUUGCAGAAUUUACAGUUCCACAUUUAUGGCAUCGCUCUGAUUUGAUCGCAAGCUAUUUCCCCAACAACUAAAACUGCCUAUAACGCACAUGUACUGUGUAUGAUAACAACAGCUACAAUUACAACGAUUUUAAAGUAAGGGAAUUUUUAUUUUAAUGUGCUGGUGACAUAGCGUAGUUGUUUUGCACUGAAUAUAAUCUUUAUGUACGUCUUGUUAUAUAUUGAUGUUAACAAUAUGCUCGUUUUCUGGUGUUUCUCCUGUGAAAGACGGAAUUGUGUGUCCCCGCCAUUGUUGAUGUAAAAUCACGAAUAAACAA